UUUGUCCGAAUUGUGAUUUAAAAUGAGAGACAGAUAUUUACGAUAGAUCUUAUAUUAUUUAUAAUUAUUAUUCUUAUCAAUUUUUGGGGACGAUUAUAAAAUAUUAUAAUCAUAGAUUCUAAAAUCCGGACAAGAAAUUUGAAUUCGUCCUUUAGAUCCAAAACCCUCAGCUAUACGCAGCGCACGUAUCAUUUUGUAAUCGAGAAUGGCAAACGUGGUCUGCGAUUAUCGGUUCCUCCUCCUCCUUGCUGCCUUGGUCUUCAUCUACAUCCAGAUGCGGCUGUUCGGUAUGCAAUCGGAAUAUGCCGACCGCCUUGCGGCCGCGGUUGAAUCAGAGAGCCAUUGUACGAGUCAAAUGCGAUUGCUAAUUGAUCAAAUAAGCAUGCAACAAGGUCGAAUUGUGGUCCUUGAAGAAGAAAGUAAACGUCGAGAACUAGAGUGUGGACAACUGAAGGCCCUUGUUGAAGAACUUGAAAGGAAAGGCCUACAGAGAUUGACUGACAAAGUACAGGUGCCAGUGGCAGCUGUUGUGAUUAUGGCGUGCAAUCGUGCUGAUUAUCUGGAGAGGACAAUUAAGUCCGUCUUAAAAUAUCAAAGUUCUGUUGCUUCGAAGUAUCCUCUUUUUGUAUCCCAGGACGGAUCAAAUCCAGAUGUUAAAAGUAAGGCUUUGAGUUAUGAUCAGCUAACAUAUAUGCAGCACUUGGAUUAUAAACCAGUGCAAACUGAAAGGCCUGGAGAGUUGAUUGCAUACUACAAAAUUGCUAGUCAUUACAAAUGGGCAUUGGAUGAAUUGUUCUUCAAGCAUAAAUUCAAUCGAGUAAUCAUACUUGAAGAUGAUAUGGAAAUUGCCCCCGACUUUUUUGAUUACUUUGAGGCUACAGCAGCUCUACUUGAAAAGGAUAAGUCCAUAAUGGCUGUUUCCUCAUGGAAUGACAACGGACAAAAACAGUUUGUGCAUGAUCCAUAUGCACUCUAUCGUUCUGAUUUCUUUCCUGGACUUGGCUGGAUGCUAGCCAGAUCUACUUGGGAUGAGCUAUCUCCAAAAUGGCCGAAGGCUUACUGGGAUGACUGGUUGAGGUUGAAAGAGAAUCGCAAAGGUCGACAAUUUAUUCGUCCAGAAAUUUGCAGAACAUAUAAUUUUGGGGAGCAUGGUUCUAGUUUGGGGCAGUUCUUUAAACAAUAUCUUGAGCCAAUUAAGAUGAAUGAUGUCCAGAUUGAUUGGAAGUCAAUGGAUUUGAGCUACCUGAUGGAGGACAAGUUCACGAAACAUUUUGCUGACACUGUGAAAAAAGCUAAACCGAUUCAAGGAACUGAUGUUGUUCUGAAGGCAUAUAAUAUAGAUGGUGAUGUACGAAUAGAAUACAAAGACCAGUUCGAGUUUGAACGCAUCGCCCGCCAAUUUGGAAUUUUUGAAGAGUGGAAGGAUGGUGUACCAAGGGCUGCAUAUAAAGGAAUAGUUGUUUUCCGAUACCAAACCUCAAGGCGUGUAUUCCUCAUUGGUCCAGAUUCCCUUAAACAGCUUGGGAUUGAAGAUGCUUGAUGCAAAAACAGAGUUUAUGAGGGAAGUAUGGUUUACACUGGCAAGCUCUGAGGUUCAGGCAAAAGGAUUGAUUUCGAAGCAGACGGGCCACACAUACAAUUAGAUAAUCAAUAUCAUUUACGCUAAAGGUUCUGGCCCCGAGUUCACAGGCUGAGUUUCUAACAGCUAUAUCUGUAAUUGUCACACUCAACUUAAUGUAGCAUACACCAAACUUCUGUGCUCGUCAAGGUGGUAUUCUCCCUAGUGUAAACAUAUACAGAUGGUCCUAAUAUUGGCAAGUUGAUGCUAUGGGCCCAUGGAUUUUGUUAACUCUUCAGUUUUUAUUACUGCUUUUGUUUUCUUGGAAGAAUAGCCACUGGAAGAGUGUGUAACUCUAAUAUUUGAUGUGUCUUGUGUAAGAGUUACUAUUUGGCAGAUCUCAAAUUAUUCUUUUGAUACUGCAAA